AUGAUCUGGACACAGUUUCAGUUACACCUCAAAAGUGCAGGUAGAGCCUUUACAUCCCCGCAGCUGCUGGCCCCCUCCGAAGUAACAAAACCUUGUAGGAGAGCAGAUUUUCUUGCAUCAAAAAAAGCUGCAACUGUUGACCAAGAUCACAAGUUUAGAUGCAAGUUCUUGGACUGUUCAAAAUCCUUCCGCAAAGCCAAGUUAUUGCAUUAUCACAUGAAAUACUUUCAUGGAGUGGAGAAGGCUACAGGAUCACAGCAGAACCCUGUAAAAAGAAAUAUUCAAACCAGAGCUUCUUUGGCUUCUGAGAAAGCUAAUCAAGAAAGGUCAAAAAGAGGACGGACCACAGCUGGUUCAUUGUAUGCUCCUCUACACAUAGCCCUAAGGAAUACCCCAUAUAGAGACGAAAAAAUAGAAAAGAGAAGAACUUCAACUCCUGUAAGUGCAUUAAAUAGUCUCCGACAUUCUGUUAGAAAUCAAACCAAGAACCACAUAGCGAGAUCGCUGCGGAAGCCUCAAGAAAAAGGAAGAGUUGAAAAUGCUGUUAAAGAACAUGAGAAGAACAAAGAAAGAAAAUCCAAAGACUAUGGAAGGUCCAAGUCAAAGAAAAAGAAAAAAAAGAAAAAGAGAACUAAACCUGAAUACUCUGGCAGUGAAGAAAACACAGAUAUUUCACAGGAACUUUCUCCUGAAAAAUCAGUUGUCACAAAAUGUAUUUCUUCAAAUAAAUCAUCUGCCCACCCAAGCACGCUGCUGCACUGCUCUGACUCUGGACAGCACAGAGGAAAAUCGAAAACAAAUGAGGAUGACACCCUAAGUGAGUCAUCUAUGGAUAGCUUGCUCUGGAGUGAUGAUGACUGCAGUCAGGAUGUUGAUGUAACCACGAACCCUGACGAAGAAGUUGAAGAAAGUGAUUUUGAGAUUGUUCGGUGUGUUUGUGAAGUAAAAGAAGAAAAUGACUUCAUGAUCCAGUGUGAAGAGUGUCUGUGCUGGCAGCAUGGAGUCUGUAUGGGUUUACUGGAAGAUAAUGUACCUGAGAAAUACACCUGCUAUAUUUGCCAAGAUCCUCCAGGUCAGAGGUCCAGCUUAAAGUAUUGGUAUGAGAAGGAGUGGUUAAGUAAUGGUCACAUGCAUGGCUUAGCGUUUUUGGAAGAAAAUUAUUCCCACCAGAAUGCCAAGAAGAUAGUAGCCACUCACCAGCUUCUUGGCGAUGUGCAGAGAGUGAUAGAAGUACUGCAUGGACUGCAGCUGAAGAUGAGCAUAUUACAAAAUAAAGAACAUCCUGACCUAAAGCUUUGGUGCCAUCCGUGGAAACACAUCACAGUGGAUGAAAAAAUUCAUGCAAAACACAUCAUUCACAUUGAGGAGAACUGUUGCAAAGAGGAGACAGCCAGUUAUAGAACUUGGAACGGGACAGUUGAGAAACCCUCAGCCGUUCCUUCUGCAGAGGAGUCCUACAUUACGAGUGAACACUGUUACCAGAAGCCUCGAGCCUACUACCCUGCCACAGAGCAGAGGUUGGUGGUGGAAACAAGGGGGUCAGCCAUGGAUGAUGGAGUAAACAGAAUAAGGGAAAACGGGGAUGAUGCCCUGUCUGAGAGAUUUGGCUGGAAUCUGGACCGAGAAAUUUGCAAGAUGGAAAAUGAAUCCAAACACAAUUACUCCAAGGUAAGAGAGUCUGCCUCUAAGAAAGUGUCUCCAGAGGAAGCUAUUGAAAUGAAACUGCUGGAAAAAGACAAAGAAGGAGUUGUGAACUCACAGCUGCAGUGGCAGCUUAAUCUGUUAGCUCAUGUGGAAUCUCUGCAGGAUGAAGUCAUCCACAGAAUGGAUUUCAUUGAGAAGGAGCUAGAUGUUUUGGAGAGCUGGCUGGAUUACACGGGAGAGCUGGAACCACCAGAACCACUAGCUCGACUCCCACAACUCAAACAUUGCAUAAAGCAGCUUAUAACGGACCUCGGCAAAGUGCAACAGAUCGCGCUUUGCUGCUCCACGUGAGACCAGGAAGCGUGGGAGAUGACGGAGUGCGAAGUUGGAGCAUCUGAUGCCAACAGCUCUGUGUAUUUACAUGAAAUGAGCAUGCUGGUUGCAUGUGAUGCAGAUGGACUUCAGGGAUUUGUGAAGAAGCACUGUUCAAAGAACGGCAAAAAAGUUAUUUUAUCUCAUAAUUUCGAGUUUCUUAGGCAAUUAAAAUGAGAUGGGAGAG